GGAUCCCGCCCAUACCUGAGCCAGGCACGGCCGCGGGCUUCACGCCGGCGCAGCGGUCAGUCCUCGCUUUGCAGGCAGGGAAACUGAGGCCCGGGGCAGCCGGGGCGGGGCCGGCCCCCCUGCGAGUCCGAGCCCCCGCCCCCGGUCGGCCCCGCCCCGGCCCGUAAGAGGCCCCCCUGGCCGCCAGGCGAAAGCUCACAGCGCGGAGCCGGGGCCGGGGCCAGGACCGCGAUGGCAGCUCAGCGGCUGGGCAAGCGGGUGCUGAGCAAGCUGCAGGCUCCAUCGCGGUCCCGGGGGCCGGGAGGCAGCCCCGGGGGGCUGCGGAAGCGACACGCGCGUGUCACCGUCAAGUAUGACCGGCGGGAGCUGCAGCGGCGGCUGGACGUGGAGAAGUGGAUCGACGGGCGCUUGGAGGAGCUCUAUUGCGGCAGGGAGGCAGACAUGCCCGAUGAGGUCAACAUCGAUGAAUUGUUGGAAUUAGAGAGUGAAGAGGAGAGAAGCCGGAAAAUCCAGGGACUCCUAAAGUCGUGCACAAACCCCACAGAGGGCUUCGUCCAGGAGCUGCUGGUGAAGCUGCGAGGCCUCCACAAGCAGCCAGGCCUCCGCCAGCCCAGCCCCUCCGGUGACGGCAGCCUGAGCCCCCUCCAGGACCGAGCCCGGACUGCGCGGCCCUGACCCUCUCUGGCCUCUGUGACCCCCCUCCAUCUCCCCCCAGCGCUGUCCUGGCUUGUUUAUAAGUUGUAUUUAAUGGUUCUGUAACAAUAACACUGCGUGCCUGUUUUUCUUCUC